UGUUGUGGGUUGCCGGCCCUGUUGUUGUCGCCUGCCUGUCUGCCAGCUCGUCUGAGGUGCCUGCGGCUGGCUGCUGGCUGUGCGAACCAAAGUGUUUUCGUCUCGGCGAUCUGUUGCUGCUUCAUUCUACUGUUGAUCUUCGUUGCCGGCACAUCUUGUUCGUCUUUUAGCCGAUUCUUUAGCAGAGAUGGCAUCCCUUCAGCAUAUUGCUCGUGCGGUUGCGCGACCUGCCCUGUGUGCCAUGCGUGGCACCACAGCCAGCCGCAACUACUCCGCUGCCGCCUCCAAUGGCUACCAAUUCGAGCUAACUGAUACUCAGAAAGAGUACCAGGAAUUAGCUCGUAAGUUCACCGCCGAAGAAAUUAUCCCCAAGGCAGCCGAGCUUGAUAUUUCCGGAGAAUACCCUUGGGACAUUCUCAAGAAGGCAUGGGAGCUUGGUCUUUUGAACAACCACAUUCCAGCUGACAUUGGCGGCAUGGAGUUGAAUGUAUUUGAUGGCUGUCUCAUUGCUGAAGAGUUUGCGUAUGGGUGCACAGGUGUGAAGACUGCAAUUGAAGCUAGUGGACUUGGUCAAACUCCCGUGCUGAUUGCUGGAAACAAGGAGCAACAGAAGAAGUAUCUCGGGCGUUUGCUUGAAGAGCCCCUUGUUGCUGCAUACGGUGUAACUGAACCUGGUGCAGGCUCUGAUGUGGCUGGCAUUAAAACUAGAGCUGAGAAGAAGGGUGAUGAAUACAUUAUCAAUGGACAAAAGAUGUGGAUCACCAAUGGUGGUGUUGCCAACUGGUACUUUGUUCUUGCACGCACCAACCCUGACCCCAAGGCACCAGCAGGCAAAGCUUUCACUGGUUUCAUUGUUGAUGCUAACACUCCUGGAGUUACUCCAGGCCGCAAGGAGAAAAAUAUGGGUCAGAGGUGUUCAGACACUCGUGGUAUCACCUUUGAGGAUGUCAGAGUGCCUAAGGAAAACGUUCUGCUCGGAGAAGGUGCUGGUUUCAAAAUCGCUAUGGCAACAUUCGACAAGACUCGUCCUCCAGUUGCUGCUGGAGCAGUUGGUUUGGCACAGCGAUGCCUUGAUGAGGCCAUGAAGUAUUCUUUGGAACGCAAAGCCUUUGGUGUUCCAAUUUUCAACCAUCAGGCUGUGGCAUUUAUGCUUGCUGAUAUGGCUAUCGGCAUUGAGACUUCUCGUUUGGCUUGGAUGCGUGCUGCCUGGGCAUCCGACAAAGGCCUUCCUGUAGCCUACUACGCUUCCAUUGCUAAGGCACUAGCUGCUGAUGUUGCCAACAAAUGUGCAACUGACGCUGUCCAGAUCUUUGGAGGAAACGGAUUCAACAGUGACUACCCAGUUGAGAAGUUAAUGCGUGAUGCCAAGAUUUUCCAGAUCUACGAAGGCACUGCUCAGAUUCAGCGACUGAUCGUCUCAAGAAACCUCUUGGCCAAGGCAACUGGCAAGGCGUAAAUCCAUGGUGCAUUAAACUCUGGCCUCCUUGCCACAGUGUU